ACACCCGGCAGAGGCUGCUGCGCACCGUCAAGAAGGAGGUGAAGCAGAUCAUGGAAGAGGCUGUCACGCGCAAGUUUGUCCACGAAGACAGCAGCCACAUCAUCUCCUUCUGUGCGGCUGUGGAGGCGUGUGUCCUGCACGGGCUGCGGCGGCGGGCAGCUGGCUUCCUGCGCAGCAACAAGAUCGCAGCUCUCUUCAUGAAGGUGGGGAAGAGCUUCCCGCCGGCCGAGGAGCUCAGCCGCAAGGUUCAGGACCUGGAGCAGCUGAUCGAGAGCGCGCGGAACCAGAUCCAGGGCCUCCAGGAGAAUGUACGCAAGCUUCCGAAGCUGCCCAACCUGUCCCCACUCGCCAUCAAGCACCUGUGGAUCCGCACAGCCUUGUUUGAGAAGGUCCUGGACAAAAUUGUGCAUUACCUUGUGGAAAACAGCAGUAAAUACUAUGAGAAGGAAGCUCUCUUGAUGGACCCUGUGGACGGCCCCAUCCUCGCGUCUUUGUUGGUGGGGCCCUGUGCCCUGGAGUACACCAAGAUGAAGACCGCGGAUCAUUUCUGGACUGACCCAUCAGCUGACGAGCUCGUCCAGAGACACCGCAUCCACAGCUCACACCUGCGACAGGACUCACCCACCAAACGUCCAGCCCUCUGUAUCCAGAAGAGGCAUUCGAGUGGCAGCAUGGACGACCGGCCAUCCCUGUCCGCCCGCGACUACGUGGAGUCCCUUCAUCAGAACUCCCGUGCCACCCUGCUCUAUGGCAAGAACAAUGUCCUGGUUCAGCCGAGAGACGACAUGGAGGCUGUGCCAGGGUACCUGUCCCUGCACCAGACAGCUGACGUCAUGACCUUAAAGUGGACACCCAACCAGCUGAUGAAUGGGUCUGUGGGUGACCUGGACUAUGAGAAGAGUGUCUACUGGGAUUAUGCCAUGACCAUCCGCUUGGAGGAGAUUGUCUAUCUGCACUGCCACCAGCAAGUGGACAGCGGCGGGACAGUGGUCUUGGUCAGCCAGGACGGGAUCCAGCGGCCGCCCUUCCACUUCCCCAGGGGUGGGCACCUCCUGCAGUUCCUCUCGUGCCUGGAGAAUGGGCUGCUCCCCCAUGGGCAGCUGGACCCACCUCUCUGGUCCCAACGGGGGAAGGGCAAGGUAUUUCCCAAACUGCGCAAGCGAAGCCCCCAGGGGUCCACUGAGUCCACAUCUUCAGACAAGGAAGACGACGAGGCCACAGAUUACGUAUUCAGGAUCAUCUACCCUGGCAUGCAGUCCGAAUUGGUUGCUUCCGACCCCUUGGGCAGCCCUUCCCCCAUCUCCGUGGGCCCUGCCUGGAUGAUGGUUCCUGCGGGCCAGUCUGUGCUGGUGGUGGCCAGGGGGAGUCAGUGGGUGCGAGCCAGAUGGGACACCGCCCUCCCAACACUGGGCCUGAAGGAGCAGCCCCCUAUCCCCCAGGACCUGAUGGAUGUCUCUGUGAGCAGUCUGCCAUCCCUGUGGCAACCCAGCCCUCGGAAGUCCUCCUGCUCAUCCUGUUCCCAGAGCAGCUCGGCUGAUGGUGGCUCCACCAGUGGCUGCAACCAUGAGAGGGCUCCCCUGAAGCUUCUUUGUGACAACAUGAAGUACCAGAUCCUUUCCCGAGCCUUCUAUGGAUGGCUUGCUUACUGCAGACACCUGUCUACUGUGAGGACCCACCUGUCAGCCCUGGUCAACCACAGGAUCGUGUCUCCGGACUUGCCCUGCGAUGCUGGACAUGGGCUGACGGCAGGGAUCUGGGAGCAGUACCUUCAGGAUAGCACAAGCUACGAGGAGCAGGAGCUGCUGCGCCUCAUCUACUACGGGGGCAUCCAGCCAGAGAUCCGCAAGGCCGUGUGGCCCUUCCUUCUGGGUCACUACCAGUUUGGGAUGUCGGCGGCGGAGAGGAAGGAGGUGGAUGAGCAGGUCCAUGCCUGCUACACACAGACCAUGGCUGAGUGGCUGGGCUGCGAGGCCAUCGUGCGGCAGAGAGAGCGCGAGUCCCACGCGGCUGCCCUGGCCAAAUGCUCGUCGGGGGCCAGCCUGGACAGCCACCUGCACCGGAUGAUGCACCGGGAUUCCACCAUUAGCAACGAGUCCUCACAGAGCUGCAGUUCCGGACGCCAGAACAUCCGCCUGCAGAGUGACUCCAGCAGCAGCACACAGGUGUUUGAGUCCGUGGAUGAGGUGGAGCAGGUGGAGGCAGAAGGCAGGUUGGAGGAGAAGCAUCCCAAGAUCCCCAAUGGGAACCUGGUCAAUGGCACGUGCUCCCCAGACUCCGGCCACCCUUCCUCCCACAACUUCUCUUCAGGCCUCUCAGAGCACUCAGAGCCCAGCCUGAGCACAGAAGACAGUGUCAUGGAUGCCCAGCGGAACGUGCCCCCAGUGCUGCAGGCCAGAGACAGCAGCGUGGACGAUGGACAGAGCAGCGAGGCCACCACUUCCCGGGAUGAGGCCCCCCGGGAGGAGUUGGCUGUGCAGGACAGCCUGGAGAGCGACUUCCUUGCCAAUGAAAGCAUGGACGAGUUCAUGUCCAUCACCGGCAGCAUGGACGUGGCCCUGCCCGACAAGGAGGGCAUGGGGAUGGAGGGCUGGGGGGGCAGCGAGGCCGAGAAGCGCAGCCAGGCAGACAGUGAGGACAACCUCUCAGAGGAGCCCGAGAUGGAAAGUCUCUUCCCCGCUCUGGCUUCUCUGGCUGUGACCACUUCUGCCAACAACGAGGCGUCCCCAGUGUCUUCCAGCGGUGUCACCUACUCCCCGGAGCUGCUGGACCUGUACACGGUGAACCUGCACCGCAUCGAGAAGGAUGUGCAGAGAUGCGACCGCAACUACUGGUACUUCACGCCUGCCAACCUGGAGAAGCUGCGCAACAUCAUGUGCAGCUACAUCUGGCAGCACAUUGAGAUCGGCUAUGUCCAGGGCAUGUGUGACCUCCUGGCCCCACUCCUGGUCAUCCUGGAUGAUGAGGCCCUUGCCUUCAGCUGCUUCACAGAGCUAAUGAAGAGAAUGAACCAGAACUUCCCCCAUGGGGGCGCCAUGGACACGCAUUUUGCCAACAUGAGGUCGCUGAUCCAGAUCCUGGACUCGGAGCUCUUUGAGCUGAUGCAUCAGAAUGGGGACUACACCCACUUCUACUUCUGCUACCGCUGGUUCCUGCUGGAUUUCAAGAGAGAACUCGUCUAUGAUGAUGUCUUUUCAGUCUGGGAGACCAUCUGGGCAGCCAAACAUGUCUCAUCCGCCCACUACGUCCUGUUCAUCGCUUUGGCUCUGGUGGAGGUCUACCGUGACAUCAUCUUGGAGAACAACAUGGAUUUCACAGACAUCAUCAAAUUCUUUAAUGAAAUGGCAGAGCGACACAACAGCAAGCAAGUCCUGAAGCUGGCCCGGGACCUCGUGUACAAGGUGCAGACUCUGAUUGAGAACAAGUGA